AGAUAAAAUGGAAGAGCCCGAGAGUCCGAGUAAAACUGAUAUUUUAUCUUCAAAAGAAGAAUUCUUUCAAGUUUUAAAUCUGCAAGCAACUAAACGAAUUAAAGUUAAAUAUUGUAGAACUAUUAAAGAAAGAUUAAGGGCUACGACUAAAGAAGAAAGUUUAAGUUUACCCGGAUCCCGGGUCAAACUAACCCUGUCACCUCUAAGACGGGGAGAGGACGAACCCUCUUCAAGUAGAGAAGAAUCUACGUCCUCCAGUAAGGACGAACCACAGGAGGACGAGGACCAAAUUCAAAUCCGUGGAGGGAUUAAUGUUCUUAAGUCGAUAAAGAAAAGAAAGAGUGAGAGGUUAAAAAAUCUAAAUCCUACUCCUUCCACUAAAUCUCUACUAAGUUAUUUGCAGCCAAAACUAUCCAACGACGACGAAGUAGAGGAUUCAAGCUCCUUCGAGAGCGAUUCUAACGAAACCGUCGAACCUUUCCGGUUGAAGAAAAUGAUGGUUUCUGUAAACCGACUGACUAACAAAUCAAUAAUUCAUCAAAAUCCUCGAAUUCGUUUCGCCUUCCCGGAUUCCUUGGAGCAAAGUUCAACGGAGAAAAUUUGUGGAUUUUCUAAUGAAAUUUCAGAGAAGACUUUUUCUAAAAAUGAACAAUUGAAAAAUAUCAUUAGUGAUCUUGAGAGUGAGAUAACUGAAAAGGAACGCGAGAGUAGAAGAGAAAAAAUUGAAAAGGGGUUUAAUAAGGCGUACGCAACUCCUGGGUCCGAGCCAAGGGGACUGCUUCCUCAAUCUUCUGCUCUAGCUCUACCCACCAUCCGAGCUAGGUCGCUGAGAAGCCUGACUGAGAGUGAUACAGAUGAAGACAAUACUGAGGAGAUAUUUGAAAACAAACUUGAUGUGAAAAUUGUCGAUAUUUCGACGGAUUCUUUAAUUUCGACGGAAACUGAGGUUGCGUCGAGUAUUAAAUCCGAAUUUGUCGAGGAAGAAUAUUCGGAAUUUACGACAAAAGAUUUAUUAACGCCGGCUAAAGCCGAGCAUUUUUCCCAUAUAAAUAUUGAUGAAGAUAGUAAAAUGUUCCAGCAGGUGUUGCUGAAUCAAGAAAUGGUGCAAAUCUACGAAUUACCGGAGGAAAAGCCGCAAAUAUUUCGGCUGUCCCCAGAGGGCGGGCCGGUACAGUCCAUCCCACCAGAGGGCGGGCCGGUACAAUCAAACCCCGCCCAAUCUGAGAUCUUCAUUAGACCUGAAAAGAAGAAAAUAGCGGAGGAGGAUGACGACGCCAUAUUUUCCAGAGAAUUUCAUCUCUCAUCUGAGAGUGAAAUGGAACCGGAGCCGGAGCCAAUCAAAUCCUCCGAAUUAUUCGAAAAUCCGCCAACUGUGAAGAUAAAUCCGCCAUCUGAGCAGAAAAUCAACGAAACCAUUAUUAUUGUAUCGGAUGAAGACGAAGAGAUGCCGAUAUUGCCUCAAUGUAGUAAGAAUACAACGAAAACUGGACCUGGUCGACCAAAAAAGAAACUACGAGACAAAUAUAAGGAAUUGUUCAUUCAGAAACAGCUUCAGCUGCUAGAAAAUCUGAAGAAGGCUGAUCCAAGUUCAGCAGAUGCUGGAGAUCGAAGAAAGACCAAAGCUGGCCGUAAACAGCUGAACUAUGCAGAGCGUAAGCUUAAGCGAUUAAGAGACGGAGUCAAAUUUUCCAAAAAUAAGUUGCGGAGCACUCAAUCUUCAAAAUCAGAAAAAUCCAAACAAAAGUUUAACAAAAACAAACUAUCAGAUAGAGGAGAUUCUAAUAAAUCAGAUUCAGGUAUCGAAGUUCGAUUGAAGCCUCUGCGCCGACGAUCCCUGGAGGUAGCAAAAUUAGGGGCGAUCAUUCCGAAGCCAUAUCGUCAAAUCAUUCUAGAGAGGAAAUCCGUUAAAUCCUCCGCUACGUCCAAACGGCGGAAACCCGCCGAUUUUGAAAUAGACAGAGACGACAGAGAACUAUCUGAGAUAUUAAAGGAUGUUGAUAAUCCUAAGAUUGAACGGAAAAGAAGAGGAGAACCAACCUUCCUCAUUCCAUACUCAAGUGGCGACUCCCGACUUGAUAGAUUAGUAAACAGAAUGCGUCAGGAGUCUUUUGUAAGAAGCCGAAUAUCGAGAAUAUCUUGUAAUUUAAUAUCUAUCCUGGUUCGGAACUCAUAUUGGACUGAUAAACAGAUUUCUAAUCCGGAGGCGGAUAAGAAUUAUACUGUUAGAUAUCUUGGUCCAGAUCAAAUUAGUAAACCCACGAGAAAAUCGAAGACUUUCUCCCGCCUGUCUCGGCCGUCCAUGGACGAUGUGCUGAAGGCUCGACGAAUUCUCGGGAUCGAGCGUGCCGAGUUCAAUUACGAUGUGGAGGAGAAUGAAAACGAUGCCAGACGAAAACAUUCUCCGAGGGAAUCAAAGAUAAAGAAGAAACGACUAUUAAAGAAAAAGGAGAAAACAAUUCGUCGCAGCAACAUUUUGAACGGUAAAGAUGUCGUCGGAGCAGCUAAGCGUGAUCAUAGUCGAAACAUUCAGGUCAACGACGACGACGAAUUCGACAUUGACAACAUCGAGCCUGUGGUUGACAAUGAGCCGGUUGAUGAUUGGAAUGACUCGAGCGACAGUAUGGAUUCUGAUGAAAGCACAAAAUGGAUUGGGAAAUAUACCUGCAGAUCUUGUGGAACCAGCUUCUGUAAUCCUCAGGGUCUGGAGCAUCAUGAUAAACUGGCCUGUAAACCAUUCUCAUGCAAUUUCUGUGAUAAAAGGUUUAGGUCACACAAGCUGUGCAUGAACCAUCAGGACUCACAUAGGAGCAGCAGCCGUAGCAGCUUUCAAGGGAGCAGCUUGCCGGGGAGCACUGGUUCAAGCUACCAUGUCAAGUUUAACUGUGAUCAAUGUUCUCAAACAUUCUUCGAGGAAUCCGCUUUCUACAGACAUAGAGAUGCCGUACAUAAUCAUUCAGACGCUAAACCUUUUAAGUGUACCCUGAAGGGCUGUGGGAAAAGCUUCCAGCUACGCGACCAGCUUGAUAUACAUGUUAGUAAGCAUAAUCAACAGGACGUUGUAUGGAAGUGUCUAAAGUGUAAUGCAAGGUUUCAGUCCAAGGAAAAGCUGAAGGGGCAUAUAAAGAACGUGCACGAGAUGCAGAAGACACUUCGAGCUCAGUUCAAUAUGAUCAACGUGUCUAAGGAUUUGGACAGUGAAGAUGAGAACUAUGAUCUGGACAGAAUGUUAGUUCUAGAUAUAGAAGAUGUUCAGGACCAGGAGCCCUUGCAGUCCGAUGGUAUAGAAAGGAAAGAAGAUAUGUUAAACCAGGAGGAUUCUUUAGAACCUGCUCGGCUUUUACAACAACUUCAGGCAGCAAAUAAGGAUUUGGAUGUUGAAGUAUCUCUUGUGGAGAUGGAUGACGUCCUUGAAGGUGAUCUCGGUCAGCCUCUACGCGGAGAUUUGAACCUUCACCAUCCUCCGGUUGAGAGUAUUGAAACUACUGUACACGAACACAGACCUGAUGUUCAUGAAGCUCGGGCAACACAGCACACUUUCUCAAAUCAAUCAACAAGGGCGGUGCCUGAAGCAAGUUCGCGAAACUAUAGAACCAACCAGGUUCACCGAAAAACCUCUGGAACGGAUGAGGCUGACUGCAAGGUUGAACAGGAAGAUAGUGAAGAAGACGAGGUCGACCUCAACACUACAGAAGAUAUCGAGACUAUAGAAAACUUUCUCAGAUCGGAGGUCGGGAUUACAGAGAAGACUGAGGUUGGUUUGAUUGUUCAUAUCUCUACUCUGCAACCCCCCAUCGUCCUUCCCUUGAUAUUAAAUGUUUUAUAUUUCGUCAAUAUGCAAUGUUAACAAAAAU